CCACCCAGUGGACGCUGGCGAGUUGGUCACCGGGUCGGUUGACCAUUAGGGAGGGAGCAAUGUAGCGUCACCGCUAGGGGGCCGCCACAGGCUUUACCCAGAAGCCCUUGCAGCCAUGCUGUCCGUACUUACCGUGACCGUGUAGCCCAGUGUUGGGGCUGGGGUGGCUGGGGUGAGGGCUGGAUAGGCAGCCUUUAUGUUUGUCUGUUGUAUGAAUGACUGUGUGUAUGAAUGAGUGUCUGUCCUAAUCCACUGAGUGAACUGCCAAGGGCAGCUCACUCGCAGCCCCGACGCUCGCCUUCCUACUCGCCGGCGCCACAAUAUUUUUGAUAAUUUUCAUACUAAAAGUUAUUAGCAAGCUAUGUAAAUUUCAGAUUGGUAAGGAAUGCAUUGUUCUUAUAUCUACUAUUACUAACAUGGUUCAGAACCUCUUUAUUUGCUAUUAACGGUUUAUUCUUAAGUAAUGGGGGAAUGUUGUGUUCUGUACCUUACAUGCGCCAGUAGGUGGCGCCAAUGCAUAGUGUAUGUACGAUGCAUCACUUGCGUUACUGAAUGUAACAUGUAGGGAGAGAGAAGAAAAUAAAAUGGAGAAUGGAUUACUGCUGCCUCUCUGUGUUCUUACUUACUAGUUAUAAAUUCAGGUUACACUCGCGACUUUGUACUCAGGAAGUUGCAGAUUUGGAGGAGCAGUUGAAUGCUGCAUGGAGUUAAAGUGAAAGUAAAAUCUUCGGUUUAUGUGGAGAGAAAUAUAAAGUUUUCGAGAAAAUCACGUGUUACUUCAGUGUGAUGGAGGGUACGAGACCAGAUUCACCUGAACCCAGCUGUGUCUCCAUGAAGAGCGACCGGUCAAUGAAACCUCCACUUAACUUUAAAGAUGAAGGAUGUUCUACUGAUCUGAGUGUGAUGAAGAAUACAAGACCAGAUUCACCUGAACCCAGCUGUGUCUCCAUGAAGAGUGAUCGGUCGAUGAAACCUCCACUUAACUUUAAAGAUGAAGGAUGUUCUGCUGAUCUGAGAUCAGUAUAAUCUCAUGUGUGAUGAAGGAUACAAGACCAGAUUCACCUGAACCCAGCUGUGUCUCCAUGAAGAGUGACCGGUCAAUGAAACCUCCACUUAACUUUAAAGAUGGAGGAUGUUCUACUGAUCUGAGACCACAAAAGAAGAAAUUAAAUGUUACUUACAGAGAUCAGUUGGAAUCCAUAUUUAAGGAACUGGAGGUUAAAGUCAUCAACAUGUUAAAGAAUGAGCUAAACAAGUUCAAAAAGCUACUGACUGAAGAUUACCCAGCAUGCUCUGAGCAGGAGGUGAAGGAUGAGAAAGAUCUAAGUAGUUUCAGAGAGGAGGCGCUAAAGAUCACACUGAAUGUUCUCAAGAUCAUGAACAACACAGACCUCGCUAACACCCUGCAGAGGAAACUGGUCUCUGUAUAUCAGAAAAAACUAAAAUCCAAUCUGAGAGAGAAAUGUAAAAGAAUCAGUGAAGGAAUCUCCCAGCAUGGAAACUCAGCACUUCUGAAUGAGAUCUUCACAGAGCUCUACAUCACAGAGGGUUGGAGUGGAGAUGUCAAUAAUGAACAUGAGGUCAGACAGAUUGAAGCAGCAUCCAGAAGACCAGCAGCAAAGGAGAUUCCCAUAAAAUGUAAAAACAUCUUUACAAACUCGUCCACCAGAACUGUGCUGACUAAAGGUAUCGCUGGAAUUGGAAAAACGGUCUCAGUGCAGAAGUUCAUUCUGGACUGGACUGAAGGAAAAGCAAAUCAGGAUGUUGUCUUCAUAUUUCCACUUCCAUUUAGAGAGCUGAACUUGAUAAAGCAGUUAAAUCUCAGUCUGAUGGAACUUCUUCAUCAGUUUUUCCCAGAAGUGAAAGGUCUGCCAUCAUUAGACUGUGAUGCUUAUAAAGUUUUGUUCAUCUUUGAUGGUCUGGAUGAGUGUCGACUUCCUCUAGAUUUUCAAAAUAAUGAGCGAUUGUGUAACGUAACAAAGUCAGUAAAAAUGGAUGUGCUGCUUACAAACCUCAUCAAGGGGAACCUGCUUCCCUCUGCUCACCUCUGGAUCACCACUCGACCAGGAGCAGCCAAUCAGAUCCCUCCUGAGUGUGUAGCCCAGGUAACAGAGGUACGAGGGUUCAGUGACCCUCAGAAAGAGGAGUACUUCAGGAAGAGGAUCAGCGAUGAGAACCUGGCUAGUAAAAUCAUCAAACACAUAAAGUCAUCAAGAAGCCUCUACAUCAUGUGUCACAUUCCAGUGUUCUGCUGGAUUUCAGCCUCUGUUCUAGAGAGAAUUCUGGAUGGAGCCGAGGGGAAAGAUAUCCCCAAAACUCUAACUCAAAUGUUCACUUACUUCCUGAUCUUUCAGAUAAAACACAAGGAACAAAAGUAUCAUGGGAAAUCUGACCCUGAUUCACACCAGACCAGAGAGACGAUACUGACACUGGGAAAACUGGCCUUCCAACAGCUGGAGAAAGGAAACCUGAUCUUCUAUGAGGAAGACCUGACAGAGUGUGGCAUUGAUGUCAAAAACACAUCAGUGUACUCAGGAGUCUGCACCCAAAUCUUCAAAAAAGAGGCUGUGCUGCACCUGGGUCAGGUCUUCAGCUUUGUGCACCUGAGUGUUCAGGAGUUUCUGGCUGCUUUAUAUGUAUUUCUCACCAUCAACAAAAACAGAAAUGUACUGGUGAAGCAAAACACUGGAUGCUUUAACACCAAUAAAAACCCUAUGUCUGACUUUCUGAAGAGUGCAGUGGACAAGGCCGUACAGAGUAAGAAUGGACACCUGGAUCUUUUUCUCCGCUUCCUCCUGGGUCUCUCACUGGAGUCCAAUCAGACUCUCUUACUAGGCCUACUGCCACAAACAGGAAGUAGCUCUUACAACAAAGAGGAAACAGUCAGGUACAUCAAGGAGAAGAUCAGUGAGAAUCCCUCUCCAGAGAAAUCCAUCAAUCUGUUCCACUGUCUGAAUGAACUGAACGAUGAUUCUCUAGUGCAUGAAGUCCAAAAAUACCUGAACAGAAAAGUUUAUGUUGAUCCUGAUGGACUCCGUCUGUCUCCUGCUCAGUGGUCGGCUCUGGUGUUUGUGUUGCUGAACUCAGAUCAGGAGCUGGAUUUGUUUGAUUUGAGUAAAUAUUAUCCAUCACAUAAAGGUCUUCUGAAGAUGCUGCCAGUGGUGAAAGAAUCGAGAAAAGCUGAGUUGUUGCUAUGUAAUCUAACAGAGGAAAGUUGUGAAGUUCUGUCCUCAGUUCUCAGUUUAAACUCCUCCAGUCUGAAACAUCUGAACCUGGGUAACAAUAAACUGAAAGAUUCAGGAGUGAAGCUGCUCUCUGCUGGACUGGAGAAUCCACACUGUACACUGGAGAUACUGGAGUUGUGGAAGUGUAAUCUAACAGAGGAAAGUUGUGAAGUUCUGUCCUCAGUUCUCAGUUUAAACUCCUCCAGUCUGAAACAUCUGAACCUGAGUUACAAUAAACUGAAGGAUUCAGGAGUGAAGCUGCUUUCUGCUGGACUGAAGAAUUCACACUGUAAACUGGAGAUACUGGAGUUGUGGAAGUGUAAUCUAACAGAGGAAAGUUGUGAAGUUCUGUCCUCAGUUCUCAGUUUAAACUCCUCCAGUCUGAAACAUCUGAACCUGAGUAACAAUAAACUGAAGGAUUCAGGAGUGAAGCUGCUCUCUGCUGGACUGGAGAAUCCACACUGUAAACUGGAGAUACUGAAGUUGGCUGGUUGUAAUCUAACAGAGAAAAGUUGUGAAGUUCUGUCCUCAUUUCUCAGUUUAAACUCCUCCAGUCUGAAACAUCUGAACCUGAAUAACAUUGAACUGAAGGAUUCAGGAGUGAAGCUGCUCUCUGCUGGACUGGAGAAUCCAAACUGUAAACUGGAGAUACUGAAGUUAAAUUGCUGCAGUAUUACAGAUGAAGGUUUUACUGCUCUGGCUUCAGCUCUGAAAUCAAACCCAUCAUCACGUCUGAGAGAACUGCAACUGAACGACAAUCAUCCAGGAGAAUCAGGAGAAAAACUGCUCAAAUAUCUACAGGAGAAUCCACAAUGUAAUCUAGAAAAAACAAGCAUUAGAAACACAUAUUGGAUGAGGAGAUGAAGAUGAAGAGCAGUGGAGAUAAACACAAUCAUCUUCACACUGGGAUUGUACAUGGUGAUGCUUUGUUCAGCUUCUUUAUCCUCUAAUCUGUAAACUGUCAUGACAUCACUUCCUGUACAAGAUCAACACUCUCAAACACAUACUGAAGUGCUGAUGGAUGAGAUGGAGAGUCCAUCAGGUUACUGGUACCAUCUGUAUUAAUCUGAUAGACUAGUUAAGAUUUGGAAACUGAGUGAGGGUCCAUGAGGAUUAGCAUGCAGCCUGUAAUGAAGAAGUUUAAAGUUUUAAGCAUCUAGACGCUUUUUUUAGCUUCUUGCUGCUCAAAUCAAUAAACAUGCUUUCUGUGUAA